AUGAAACACCAAAUUAUUUUUUUAAUUAUUAUUAUCCUCCAAUUUUCAACCUUAACACUAUCUCAAACACCCCCUUCUGGUCCAAAAAACAUAACACAAAUCCUAGAAAAAGCAGGCCAAUUCACAACAUUAAUUAGACUAAUGAAAGUAUCACAAGUUAGUGACCAAAUCAACACACAAUUAAACAAUUCAAAUGAAGGGAAUGGGAUGACUAUUUUUGCACCAACAGAUAAUGCAUUUUCUAGCCUAAAAUCAGGCACAAUAAAUUCACUAAGUGCACAACAACAAGUUCAAUUAGUACAAUUUCAUGUUUUACCAAAUUUUAUUUCAAUGUCACAAUUUCAAACUAUUAGUAACCCUUUGAGAACACAAGCUGGUGAUUCUACUCCCGGAGACUUCCCGUUAAACGUAACGACGUCCGGUAAUCAAGUCAAUGUCUCUACCGGAGUUGAUGAUGCUACUAUUGCUAACACAAUUUAUACUGAUGGUCAGCUUGCUGUUUAUCAGGUUGAUAAAGUGCUUCAACCUAUGAGUAUUUUUGCUGCUUCGUCUCCGGCAAUGGCACCGACUCCGGCAACGUUGAAACCAAAGAGCAAGUCUCCGGCAGGAUUGAGCCCUACCUCCGGCAACGAUGACUCGCCGGCGGCGGAUAAUUCCGGUGUUGAGAGGAUUGCCAUGCACGGCACAACGGUUUUGUUUUUUGGAAUUUCUUUGUUUGUAGUGUUGUAAAUUUUAGAAAAUGGACGGUGAGGAUUCGUUGUGAUUUUUUUGAUAAGUUGAUUCAACGAUUGUGAUUCAUUUGAAUAAUUACCAUUUCAUUUCAAAUUCUUCUUUUUCAUGUUUUUUUUUUUUUUACCUUGUUAUCUAGAUUUGUAUUCAGCUACACACUUUCUUAUGUUCAUUUUAACUUAUUCAUUCCGAA